GGGUGACGGAACGCAAUACGAGCUAGCCAUUGGCAUUAUCUGAAAAAAAUGUCUAAAUUGGAGUUGUUGAGAGUGAUUUUUAACCAACGAUGUACAGGGCCUGCGGAGGAGAUAUUCAGAGCCGUUGCAAAAACGAUAUCAGAGUACCAGGACAACGUUUAUCUAUCGAAAGAAGACAACCGACGUCUACAGGGGCUGCUUGACAUCAUCCUGAAACCUGAGAUAAAGAUGUAUAGAGCCGAUUUUGAGCAGUUCAUUGUCUCUGAGGUGGAGUUUCCCCCUGAGCAGCAGCACUUUGAACAAGAGUGGAGCCCCGAUUUGGGGCAAGAUGACUGGAACCCCAUACAGAUUAACAAGAAGCAGGAGGAAUUCCGGAUCAUCCAGGAGGAGGAAGACUCUAUAUUCACUCCUGCCUGGGUGAAAAGUGACUAUGAUCAGUUCUCAACUCAGUCCUCACAAACCCAAAGUGAAGAAUACAAAGACAGACCAAAACCUAAGGAAGUGGAUUAUUCAAAGCCAACCAGUGGCUCUCGGCCCAAAUCGAGGAGGACACAGACAGAAAAGAGAAAAAGUUUUAUCAGCUCCGAGGGUAGAAAAUCAAUGGAUCUGAAAUCAGCAGUGCAAAGGAGGUGUCAGACAGCAGAUAAAUCAUUUUGCUGUAGUGAUUGUGGGGAGUGUUUCACUCAGAUGGGAAAACUGAAUUCUCAUAGGAUCAUGAUACACUCCAGAGGUAAUCAGUUUUGCUGUGAUGAAUGUGGCAAAUGUUUUGCUCAGUGGGGAUAUCUGGAUUCUCAUAUGAAGAUUCACACAAGGGUGAAUUGUGGCAAAGUAUUCACUCAGUCUGACCGCUUCGAACCCUCCUUGACCACUUUGAAGGAUCACACAGGAGAGAAAUUGUAUUGCUGUGGGGAAUGUGGCAAAUAUUUUUCUAAUGCUGGGUCCCUGAAUUAUCAUACGAGGUCGCACACAGAGGAGAAAUCGCAUCGCUGCCAUGAUUGUGGCAAAUGUUUUUUUGAAUUUAGGGAUCUGAAUAUUCACAUGAGGAUUCACACAGGGGAGAAACGUUUUUGCUGCCAGUUCUGUGGAAAAUGUUAUAAUCAGCACACUUCUCUAAGUUAUCACAUGAAGAAUCACACGGGAGACAUCUUGUAACUGUCAUUAUUGUGGCAAAUAUUUUCGUCAUAAAGGUCAUCUGACAACGGAUAUGAGGAUUCACACGAGGGAAAUCAGAUAAUCGUUGCUAUAGUAGCAGAUCUUUAAGCACUGGUGGUCACAAGUGCAUACGAGGAUAAUCAGAUGAGCAGUAAACUAUUUUGCUGUCAGGAUUGUUGUAAAUGGUUCACUUCUUCCAAUCUGAAUCGUCUGGGGAGACCGAGGGGAGGAACCACAUUAAUACCAUGACUAGCAAAUCUUUUCUGUAGAAAAUGCUUUAGUGCCAGAAGUGCGUUGACUAGUCAUCGGAGAACACACAGCUAAGAACAACCUUCAAAGCCUAAAAGGGUCACCUGAGGACAUUGCUUGAAUGACCUUUACUCUGGUAGUCCUGAAAACAAAUGUUAUUUUAUUGGUCACAUACACAUAUUUAGCAGAUGUUAUUGCGGGUGUAGCGAAAUGCUUGUUUUCCUAGCUCCAACAGUGCAAUAGUAUCUAACAGUUUUUAAAAAAUGCCCUGGGGGGUAAGAAACAAAGGAUCCAAUUUGGGAAAGUUGUAAUGCUGGGGAGUUACCGCCACUCUGAUAUCCAAAAGUACUUUCCGGCUGUAUGUAAUAACACAAAACGUUCUGGGCCAGUAAAUGUAAGAAAUAACAAAACAAACAAAAACAAAUACUGCAAAGUUACAUAGCUAGAGGCAAAGCUGCCAUGUCUGUCGGCAUCAUCUAUGCAUAACUAUUAAAAAGCCAUAAUCGAGACAUAUUCUGCUUAACCUGUCAUUUUCCAUUCUGCAUUGGCUGUAACUUUCAUUAAGUGUAAAGCUGUAUUUUUCUACUGAGAACAGAACUUGUAUGGUUAAUUGUGUAGCCCGCCUCUUCCAGAAACCAUUUUGUGUGUUUCAUUGUUCAGUAUCACCCAUCGUCUAUAAUGAUGCAUGUAUGUCUCAUUCAGAAUUAAUAUUCUUAUCACUCCGAAGAAUAAUUAGCCCUUGAGCCAUUUUAGCAGUUGUAUCUUGAAGAGGUUGCUGACUUUGUGCUGAGUGAUCUCCCAGUAGGCCUACUGUUUGCAACAUUAAAUACUUUUUCUGAAUGUGA